AUGACUGCUAAUGGCGUUGUCAACAAAUUGGUGACUAGAGUCUCGGAUGAGCCUAGUCGCCACCCGUCGCCUCAGCCCACACAUUUUUCGGUGCCACAGAAGCUCAAUGGCAACGGCCACCGAGUCUUACGUUCAGCAACUGUCGGCUAUAUUGCCCCGGAAUUCACGGGCAAGGUCGAGCAGAUGCAAAAGGUGAAAGAAAUCCUGACCACGGCGGGUUGGAUUCCAGACACGCAUGUUGAUGAACAGAUUGAGUGGUUUUAUAACUCUCUUGGCAUCGAUGAUGUUUACUUCCAAUUGGAGACUGUAGACGUCAUCGCUACACACAUCACAUCGCUAUAUGCUGCCAAGGUGGCUGCACAGAAUCGUGCCCACCAGCAGGAGGCGAUCCGUCUCGACAUGGAGGCAACAGACCAUGCUAUCUACAUCGACACUAGCGAGCCCGGCAAGACAGCAUUGGGCGGGCCGAGAUACGAGACACGGCUUGAGGCUAAAUAUCUUGAUCAUACUGGCAGGACACGGUUUCGCGUCGAAACCUUCCGUUCGCCUGGCACGAUCUCUGGCGAUGACAACACAAAAGCAUCUCUUAGAUGUUAUUUCGUAUACGAAUGCCAGUUUGUGGACGCAAACCCGUCGCCUGACGAGACUCGCCUGGAGGUGAUUAGCGAUCGCAUGUUCUUGACAAAGGCGACAAAGAACACAAAACAGAUUUACGGAGACAUUAUUUCUCUAGCUGUCAGCAGAACCGGCCCUGUGAUCGAGGUCUUCGACAUCGAGAACUCGGAAGAGAAGCGUUUGAUCGUGGCCUUCCGUUCACGGACUGCCAGAGGCAUGUUCAGUGCGCUGAGCGACUUGUACCAUUACUACGGCGUUACUAGCACCCGAAAGUAUGUCGAACAGUUCUCGAACGGCAUUACUGUCAUUUGUAUCUACUUGAAGCCAUCUCCCAACGACGACGGCAAGUUCCCUUCGAUUGAGCAAUCCAUCCACCAAAUCACAAAGGAAAUCUCAUUGCUCUACUGUAUUCCGUUGAACAAGCUCCAUACCUUGUUCGCCGCUGGAGAGUUGAGCCUUCAGGAAGCCAUCUACGGACACUCAGUCUGGGUUUUUGUCCAACACUUCCUGAAUCGUCUAGGCACCGAGUAUGCUUCGCUACAACAAUCGCUGGACCCUAAGAACAGCCUUCACAAUGAGAUACUCUCCAAGUUGAAGCGCCGCCUACGUACCGAAACAUUCACCCCGGAUUAUAUCCUCGAGAUCAUUUUGACCUAUCCGGAGCUUGUGCGCGCCUUGUAUGCCUCUUUCGCAAGUGUACACUUGGGUGUCGGCAAUGACUACGACCGACACUCUAUUGCACCAACACCGGCUGUUGAGGUGCUCUCUGAUGCUAGGCUCAAGGAAAAAAUCUCUCGGGAUGUAUCUAAUGAGCACGAGGAGAUGGUCAUGACGGCUUUCAGGGUUUUCAACUCGGCUAUCCUGAAAACGAACUAUUUCACUCCCACCAAGGUUGCCCUCAGUUUCCGUCUUGAUCCUUCUUUCUUGCCCGAGAUUGAAUAUCCCAAGCGCCUGUAUGGUAUGUUUUUGGUGAUCAGUUCGGAAGCUCGUGGAUUUCAUCUGCGCUUCAGAGAUGUAGCUCGCGGCGGCAUUCGAAUUGUCAAGUCUCGAUCCAAGGAAGCCUACUCUAUCAAUGCUAGGAAUAUCUUCGACGAGAACUAUGGUCUUGCUAGCACCCAGCAACGUAAAAACAAGGACAUCCCUGAAGGAGGCUCCAAGGGUGUUAUUUUGCUCGAUCCAAAGCAACAAGACAAGGGCAGAGAAGCGUUCGAAAAGUACAUCGAUAGUAUUAUAGAUCUUCUUUUGCCGGCCGAGACUCCUGGCAUCAAGAACCCCAUUGUCGACCUGUACGGCAGACAGGAGAUCAUCUUCAUGGGGCCGGACGAAAACACAGCUGAUCUCGUCAACUGGGCCACAGAGCAUGCCCGUGCUCGUGGUGCGCCUUGGUGGAAAUCCUUCUUCACUGGAAAGUCCCCCAAGCUCGGUGGUAUUCCCCAUGACUCGUAUGGAAUGACAACGCUCUCCGUUCGUGAAUACGUCAAGGGUAUCUAUCGCAAGAAGAAUUUGGACCCAGCUACCAUCAGGAAGAUGCAGACCGGUGGCCCCGAUGGAGACCUUGGCAGCAACGAAAUCUUACUUAGCAACGAGAAGUACACCGCCAUUGUCGAUGGAGCUGGUGUGCUUGUGGACCCUCACGGUCUUGAUAGGGAAGAGCUAUUGCGCCUUGCUAAGAACCGCGUUAUGAUCUCGCAUUACGAUGUAUCCAAACUUUCCAAGGACGGUUAUCGGGUACUUUGCGACGACUCUAAUAUCAAGCUUCCGAAUGGCGAGGUCGUGAAUAACGGAACAGCAUUCCGCAAUACCUUCCACCUCCGCAACACGGGUUUGACUGACACUUUCGUCCCAUGUGGUGGUCGUCCUGAGUCUAUUGAUCUGGUGACUGUUGGCAAGUUGAUCGAGGAUGGCAAAUCCAAGAUCCCUUACAUAGUGGAGGGUGCCAACCUAUUCAUCACUCAAGACGCCAAAUUGCGCCUUGAAGCGGCAGGCUGUAUCUUGUUCAAGGACGCAUCGGCAAACAAGGGUGGUGUAACUUCAUCAUCGCUCGAGGUUCUUGCUUCCCUAAGCUUUGAUGAUCAGGGAUUUGCCGAGAACAUGUGUCACGAUAGGCACGGCCGUGCUCCCGAAUUCUACCAAGCUUAUGUCAAAGCGGUUCAGGAGAAGAUCUGUGACAAUGCCAGACUAGAGUUUGAGGCUAUUUGGCGUGAGCAUGAGCAGACAGGUACCCCUAACUCCAUCCUUUCCGAUAAACUCUCUGAAGCAAUUACGAAAUUGGAUGAAGAGUUGCAAAAGUCGGACUUGUGGAAGGAUGAGAGGAUUCGACGCACGGUACUUGCAGACGCUUUGCCAAACCUCCUGAUCCAAAAGAUCGGUCUCGACACCAUCAUCUCUCGUGUACCAGAUGCAUAUCUCCGUGCAAUCUUUGGCAGCUACCUCGCUUCACGUUUCGUGUACGAGUUUGGUAGUGCGCCAAGCCAAUUUGCGUUCUACGACUUGUGA